AUGUUUUUGAUUAUCAUUGGUAUCUCAUCAUUAAUAGCAAUUGUUGUAUUAAUAACUUUAUGCUCUUCCUGUGGAAAAGCAAAGGUAGCUGCAGAAAAUGAUGAUAAUAACGCUACUAGAGACCUAAAUUCAAAUUCACCAUUAGUCGACAAUACAACAGAUAUACCUCAAGAUGUAAUUCCUGAUGUUUUGCCAACAUAUGGCUCAACAGAAGAUGGAAACUCUCCACAGCUUGUUAAUUCGUUUGUUUCCAACAUUAGUACUCAUCAUGGUCCUAAGUCCACAACAGGAUGGUACAUUAAUGCUGCACCAGUUUCGUUCCCAUCUAAAGAGACAGAAAAAGAGAAAGUGUUAUUCGAGGCAGUUAAAGCAGAAAACAAAGACUUAGUACGCGAUAUAAUUAAAUCAGGAGUUAAUUUAAACAUUAUGUGCAGCCAGAGUGGUACAUAUCUUCAUUAUUCUAUCGAACAUAAAUUGAAUGAGUUCGCUAUCAUGUUUCUUGAAAAUGGAGCUAGCUAUGAAAUUAACAAUUACGACCGCAAGUCCUGCAUAGAUGUUGCAAUUGAAAAUCAAAAUGUCGAAAUUUUGAAAUACAUUCUUGAAAAGUACGACGUGGAUCCAUAUUACAAGAAACGUAUCAAAGAAUCCAAAGAUGAAAGUAUCUCAUCACUUGUUUAA